CGCGGAAGUGUGUUGAAAACAGCUGCGGAGGAAGCCGCUGAAACCAGCUGUCCUCAGUCAGACACGAUGUCCAACAACGAUGAUACCAGAUACUGUCACAGAUUCUCCUACUUAUUCCUUAAAUUCACUCUGUUCGCCUAUGCCAUCAUCUGGUGGCUGAUAGGGGGCUUUAUUUUGGCCAUUGGCAUCUAUGCUGAGGUGGAGAGACAACGCUACAAGACUCUGGAAGGCGUGUUUUUAGCACCAGCUCUAAUCCUGAUUCUUCUGGGAAUCGUCAUGUUUAUAGUUUCAUUCAUCGGUGUCUUGGCUUCACUCAGGGACAAUCUAACCCUACUGAAAGUGUUCAUGUACACCCUGACUGUGUGUCUGAUCCUGGAGCUGCUGGGAGGAAUAUUGGCGCUUGUGUUUCGCAACCAGACAGUUGAGUUACUAAACAAGAACAUCAGACGAGGCAUUGUGAACUACUACGAUGACCUGGACUUCAAAAACAUUAUGGACUUUGUGCAAAAGAAGUUUAAAUGCUGUGGAGGUCAGGAGUAUAAAGACUGGGGGGUCAACAUGUACCACAACUGUUCUGCACGUGGUCCACUCGCCUGUGGUGUCCCUUAUACCUGCUGUAUCACUUCUAAGCCUAAUGAAGUGGCCAACACUCUGUGUGGGUACCAGGUGUUAAAUAAAGAGCGUUUGGAUUUGAUCGACUCCAUCUAUAUCAGAGGCUGUACUGAUGCCUUCUUCAUCUGGCUGAUAGACAACUAUAAGAUAAUGGCUGGACUUCUUCUAGGGAUCCUACUUCCUCAGUUCUUCGGCGUUAUAAUCAGCUGGCUUUACAUCACGCGUGUUGAAGACGCCAUCAGUGAGUACGGCAACUACACAGAUGGACUACUGAACUCAAACGCUCAACAAAGACAAGCCAAGCACCAGGGUCACAUGGCCAAAUGGUUUAAGUGUAUGCCAGAGAUUGACUGAUGGACACAUAACACAAUAAAUGGACUCUGACCAGUGCUUGCCUUUGCAGCAUUGCUAUCGCUCACUUUCACAGGAAGAAAUAAAGUGUUUUUAUUGUU